GAGAGCCUCUUCCUCAUCGAGAAGCCUUUUUGAUCUUGCUUGUUUAAGCAGCCGGGAGGAUCCGCUGCUCUCCUCUGAUUCUUCAAUAAACCUUUCUCCAGAAACCCGGUCAAAACUCUGGACAGAAGGAUGCUUCUCAAGCUGUCUAUAGCAAUACCCGUGCUGGCAUUGAUUGUAGGCCAGGUCCAAGGCUUUCCUAAGCCCGAGGGCACCACAGGAGAUAAAGCUAUACACAACAGAGAAUUAAGUGUAGAGAGACCACUAGAAGAACAGAUUGCUGAGGCAGAGACAGACAAAAUGAAAAAACUAGCCUCUGCAGAAAAUAAGCCAGAAUUCAGAAAUUACUCGUUUGCUGAUGACUUGAACCUGCUCAAAUCAGCAGCCGAGAAAGAGAGAAAGGAGAGGGAGAGGGAAUCAAUCAGAAGCUCCCUCUACAAUCAACAGCUUGCCUUUGAGGACGCCGAUUCUACCAAGAGCCGCAGGCUGGUGGAUGAUUAUGAUUCCACUAAAAGUAGUCCAGACUAUAAAUAUCAAGAUGACCCAGAUGGACUCCAUCAGCUUGAUGGUACACCAUUAACCGCUGAAGACAUCGUACAGAAGAUUGCCAUGAGAAUAUACGAGGAAAAUGACAGAGGUGUCUUUGACAAGAUUGUUUCCAAGCUUCUAAAUCUGGGACUCAUCACGGAAAGCCAAGCCUACACGCUGGAGGAUGAGGUGGCCGAAGUGUUGCAGCAGCUAAUUGCCAAUGAGGCAAAAGUUCGGGAAAAGGCAUCCGAAGAUCUCGACGACAUCCCAGCCAGAACAGAGAGUCAUGCAGAGGAAAAACAGGAAGCAAAGAUGGCUCUCAAAAAUACCGAUCAAGAUGACUCCUUGGAUAACACAUGGACUUCCUCCAACAUCUUGGAAAGGAGAAACGAACUGCCUCCCGAGGAUAAUUUCGAAGAUCUCCAGUAUUUCCCUAACUUUUAUGAACUACUGAAGAGCCUCAACACAGAGAAAGAAGCCAAGGAAAAAGAAACACUGAUCACAAUCAUGAAGACUUUAAUAGAUUUUGUGAAGAUGAUGGUUAAAUAUGGAACAAUCACGCCAGAAGAAGGUGUUUCGUACCUAGAAAACCUGGAUGCAAUGAUAGCUUUACAGACCAGAAAGAAACUUGAAAAGCCCAGUACCAAAAACAAACUACUGGCAGACAAGAGCACCGAAGAGGCUGACAGCACAAAAGCAGCAGCUGCGAAAAUGGAGAAAGAAUAUGAAACGCUGAAAGAUUCGACCAAAGCUGAAGAACAAAAUACAAGAAACAAUGAGGAACCAAAAGGGAAAGCAGAGGAAUAUUUGGAAGCCAUCAGAAAGAACAUAGAAUGGCUGAAGAAACACAACACGCAGGGAAAGACAGAAGAUUAUGAUCUUUCUAAACUGCGGGACUUUAUUGAUCAACAAGCUGAUGCUUAUGUGGACAAGGGCAUCCUGGAUAAAGAAGAGGCGGAUGUGAUCAAACGUAUCUAUGGGAGUCUGUAAAGAACUAAAAAGAGGACCUCUCUUGAAGCUGUAGGGAAUUCUAGUCAAGCUUCACCCACAUCUAGUACAACCUUCUUUCUCUCCUUGCAACCCCCCCCCGAGAUUAUUAGAAAGUAUUCUAUCUGCAUUGUACUGAUUUUUUUUCCAGGUGAAAACCUUUGUUAACAAUCCACAAUGACUGCAUCUUGAUUCUUUCCUGCACAUUAGCCAUCCCACUUUGGCAGAGUUUUUGCUGCCCACUUGAUAGUCAACAGGGUAAAAUGCUACCAUUGUGUUCCUGUUAGCCUAACUUUUGACAUCAAGCACCUCUUCUAGGGAAAGCAAAUGUUUUUGAAGAGCUUUCUCACCCACCCACUUAUCAUUCACCAGAUUGUGACAUCAUUCAGUGGCUUUGUAAAGAUGCUAUUCUAUACACUUGU